AUGUCUGGCCUGGGGUUAAUUUACCCGUUUGUGCCGCCAGGGAGGAUAUUAGCUGCCGUGUCGUUGUCCCUAGCGCACACAAAAUGCUUCAUCCUGGCAACUACUACUGGGUUUGAGCUUUACGACCUCAAAGCGGCCAACUUUGCAUCCUCAGGAAAACAAGUGUUUACGGGAUUCUGGCCCAGUGCAGUCCACGCUUUUCGGCCACAGGGAUCUGAAUCAGACUGGAUUGCUGUUUUGGAUGGCAAUGUUUUGAAAUUGGUUCAAAUCGAUGACGACUUGAAGCUGCAUGUGCGCUAUAAGUUCGCUACUCCGCUGCAAGAAACCGACCGGCAUGAUCCCAGCAAAUUGAUCUCUGUAGACCCUUCAGGAACCCAAAUAUUGGCUCACAUUGGUGAGGGUCAGUAUUUAUUCGUCACAUUCACCUCAGUAACCCAGUCCCCGCGGUGCAAAACAGUCGUUAUCAACCACGACUCACCAGGAAGUAUUGCUUGGUUAAAUCAGUCUCAAGUUGUCCUAUCCUCUCUGCAUACCCCAACAAACUGUGUGGUUGGUGAAGUUACUGGAAAACGAGCGUUCAAAGACUUUAGUGAUAUUUUCGACUCCAAAGACUCGUUGACUCUGUACUCGGGAGUAGAAAGUUUCUAUGCCUUGACGAGAAGAAACAUAUUCGUGGUUACCAAAACAAAUAAUCGAAUCAUUCAUUCAUUCGAGAACGACAUUGUGGCAUCUGCUGCCUACGAAAGCUGGAUAUAUGUUGCACUGUCUUCUGGAGAGCUGCUCAAAGUUAGCGUUUCUUCAUCACAGUGGGUGUUUAUAACAAAGUUCUCUCCGUGUUUGAAACAUAUUUCUGUUUUGGACGAUAGUAUUGUCUUUUGUCACGAUAUCCUUGGAUCUCGAGUUAUUCUAAAUGGUGACGAGGUAGUGUUUGAGAAAUCUUUACUUACAAAAAUCUCUGGACUUGAUUCAUCAGUCGAUAGGAGUGGACACCAACACUUCUGUGUUGUCCAAAGUGAUGAAAAUGCCUCCAAGCUCAGCCAAGUCAACCUCUUUUGCCCUGUUCAAAUCGUCAGAACUGCUGAGGUGGGAGCUAACAGAAUGUUUUUGUGGCGUGGAAAACUCUUAACAUCCGGGAUCUCGGGGUCACACUUGUUUGAUUUCUCUACUAGCUGUCUUCAAUCCGUAACGGAACGCAUACCUGAGGAUGAGAUUUUUGCUGUUUCCGACAACAUCUUUGUGACAUCGACUGGUGUAAUUGUGGACAAUAAAAAGGUCCUUGAACAGGAAUUCGAAUGUGCAAGUAUACACAAAGGUGUCAUUUUCGGAGGUGCUGGUGAUACACUUAUUGAGUAUGAUUCGGUAGGAGGAAAGUUGACGACUACGAAAAUUGAAAACAGUGUUUACAGCGUGCUAGCAACCGAUCAACACAAAUUCUACAGCACUAUGGAGCACUUGUAUAUCGAUAGAAGUCGCAUCGAUUUGGAACGCUGCUCUCAACUACUAAUGUACCAAAACAAACUAGUUGCAUGUCAUCCAAGUGGGCAAGUUACGUUUCUGUCGUUGAAAGGCGAGAUACUCGAAAAGUACGUUGUGGGUAAAUUCGUAACCGCUACUUUGACAGAUGAUGGUCUUCUCUUGGUUGGAACUGGUAGUGCCGCGAUUGUAAAGCUAACUAAAUGGGGGUUGGUCGCCAAACGACUGAAUAAUCUACCAGAGGGCAGCAGCAUUGUGAAACUCGAUCGGGAUCUAUAUUCGAUGGGUGGUAAGAAUAUUACACUGUUCAAAAUCGAUUAUGACAGUGUUUAUGCCAGCAUCACCAAUCAAAAGCUUUUAUCUUCGAACGCUCGAGGGAUUUAUCGUAAUGGGGUAGGGACAUGGCUCACAAUUGUCAACAGGGGAGUCAAUGAAGGGGCAAGCGUCAAACUAGUAGAAACAGACAUUCUCGGAGAAAGCAAACAGUUUGAGGUUGAAGGUGUCACUGGAGAGGCAGUUGGGCUGAUCAGUCUUGACAGGUCUGCUGCUGGGUUUAACGCAGUGAUUUUGGCAAUCAACGACCAAUCUCCUUUCAACAUGGAUGGAGGCGAGAAAUCGACUCUUGUUUUGUUUGAUAUUGACCACAAGAUUGUCUUGGACACUAAAGUGGUCCAGGGUGACAAAGGCCAGGAUGGCAUCCUUACAGCCAUCAAGUAUCUAAGGGGCUCUAACUUUUUGGUUGCAGUGGAUGGAUUUGUGCAGCAUUGGUCAUUACAAACAAAAGGAGACACGCCGCAUCUUGAACUUCGAACGCCCCUCGCAACUGUUGGAAAUAUUGUGUCCAGUAUGGACUACAGCAAAGGAUUCUUACUGGUUGCGGAUAGUAUCAAAGCUGUCUCAAUGGCCAAGGUUGGAAAAGGACUCGACCGUGAUAUCAUGUCUUGUCCAAGUAUCAAAUGGCCACUCGACGGCAUAAUAUUGAACGAAACACCCAGUGCCUUGGUGAGCACACUUGACUAUGAGUAUCAUGUUCUUAUGCCUAACAAGACCAGCCCUGGUGGCCUAGCUUCUACACUGAAGUUUGAAAUAGGGCAAUUGACUACUUUUAGUACUCGCUCGGGAUACAAGCGAUAUCUUGAUUGGACGGAGGCCAAAUCACAGGUGCUGAGAGACAUUGCACCAGAUGUAUACUUUGGAACAGAUUCAGGAGGCAUCUACGGAUUUAAGCUGCUAACAGGAGAUAUCACUGAAAAAUUCGAGCUCAUCAAACGACAGCUGUCAACGAUAGGUCCCGUGGCUGAAGUUAUUGACGCUUCUCAUAUCCUGAUAAACGCGGACAAGAUAAAAGGAGUAUUUCAUGAUUCUAUCGACUGGUACGAUGAACUAAUUUAUGCAUUAGAAAAGUUAUAUACUUGA